CCUCGUGUGCCGGUUUAACCUUUCUCGUCGCCCUGUCCCGCGCAACACUACCACAAUGGCCUGGCCCCGGCCCUGGGCAUGAGGCACGAAGCGAAAAAAGACAAGCAUUCGGAGCAUGAAAAGCUGAAAGCUUUCUGCUUCUCUUUUACCAAAGCGGUUCUUCAAACACCUCUCCACCGGAUUUCUUUUCUUUUUUUUUUCUUUUUUUUCCCAACAAGGGCGGGUCAAUCAAAUUCCAUUAGACAAUCUGCAUGUUGAGAGAUGUGUUGGCAUUGACUGUACGGAGUAGUUUGAUAUCAUCUCCCUUUUCCUUUUUUUUCCUGUCCUUUUACUCCUUUUUUUUUCCUGUCCUUUUUCUUUGCAUGCGUCUUGAACCGAUCUACUCCCUUUUCUCAUCCGUAUUCAAGAGACGAGCUGUUUUUCUGCCACUAUUGUGGACACUCUUCUUCUGAAAACGCUGGACUGGCCCGCAAUUGCUGUCGAGGAGGAAUAACGCUACUUGUACUCCGUACAGCACAUACGAUGGUUCCACCUCCUUUCGGGUAGCCCGCUGUUGAUCACCUCUCUCACAUACAUACAUACACACACACACACUCUCUCUCUCUUUCGUUCCCGAUGGAUACACCACUACCAUCGCGUCCAUCGAAUGGACAACAUUCAGCGCAGGGGGGUCAAGCUUCUGGGAGAAGAACCAAUUCGAUUAAUGAGCAGACCACCGGGAAAAAUGUGCAGUCGUCCGAUGUUAUGCCUUCACAAGAUGAGUUGGCUCAGGCAUUUAAAAUACCUAUAUUAGAUACGGACGGAAAAGAGCGACUGUUCGCAGAUCUGUUUGAUAAUUCAAAUGCGUCGGAAAAGAGACAAGUUAUGGUUGUCUUUGUACGACACUUCUUCUGUGGUAGCUGUCAGGAUUAUGUUGCUACCCUUUCUUCUUCAAUUCCAUCUCCGGCUUCUCUUCCGCCAGGCGUAAACCUCGUUGUCAUCGGCUGCGGUGCCAGCAGCCUCAUUUCGAUGUACGCGAACACAACAUCAUGCUCUUUUCCAAUAUACACAGACCCGACGGGCCGCCUAUACUCCAUCUUCGGCAUGACACGAACUUUGACUUUGGGACCAAUGCCUGACUACCUCAGACACUCCACAUUUUCCUUGGUGAUUAAAGGCAUCAGGCAAGGCUUAGGCCGGACUUUCAACGGCGAUGCCUUAAAGUCGGGAAAUAUGGCUCAAGUCGGCGGAGAAUUUUUCUUCGAGAUCGGUCCUGAAAAGGAAAACGAAAAGCAAGACAUCACUGUCACCUGGUGUCAUCGAAUGAAAACGACACGGGACCAUAUCGAAGUCCCGGCCCUUAAGCGCGUGAUGGGGUUUGAAUGAAAUAUUUCUAUUUCUCAACGCUAAACUUGGCCUGACCGGGGGCCCCAACAAAAAAAAAAAAGCACCGGUCACUUAAAACGCUCGCCGAGGGUAAUCCUCAUAUGCUGGAUAUCUUUAAUACAAUGAUUGAGCGAUCUGAUGGCAGCUAAAGUGCGGGCAAUAUCUAGCUCGGGCAUUCACGCAGGCGGACUUUGUCGAGGAUUUAUUUAUCGCUGACAGCUUUUUAUUCUCUGUGCAUUUUUAUGUAUAUAUUUACAUUAUCUUAAUAACUACAUUUUUGUUUGACAAGGAAAA